AUGAUUAUUAUUCAUAAUGAAAGUAAAGAGACUUUUGUGGAAACGGAAGAGGUUAAUAAGUCGUCAUCAUUAUCUCUAGAUGAGGAGUCUGUUGACACUUGUGUGGGUCGAUCUGAACCACCAUCCGUUGUUAUUACACCUACUGGUGCUAGUAAAUGUAAUUCUAUAGAUGAUGUGACGACUUGUACAACAAAUGGUAGUGAUUUGAUGACUCCUAUUGAGAAUGGAAGUAAUAUUAAGCGACCAAGAAUUGAUGAUUCAGAUAAAGCUGUUGCGAUUGAUAGUCCUAUGAUUAAGCAAGAUGAAUCUUCAUCUGAAUCUAUGAUAGAAUCACAAUGUCUAAAAUUUCAAACUAUGAAUACUCCGAAUACACCAGGAAAUUCAUUACUUCAAACAUUAUCACCUCAUAUGCUAGUAAUGGAUCCAAAUUUUGUACUUUCUACAAAUGCUUUAUUACAGAGUGGACAAUAUGGAGCAAUUAGUGCUGCUCUAGGGUCAACUAUUGGAACUUCACCAUCUGGUAUUUUACAAACUCCAGGAUUAAAAUCACAAAUUAUAUCAGAGGAUCAGGCUAAUGAAGGGGGGUUUGAGAUUGCAACUAAAUUUACUACGAUAAAUCAGGGUGAUAAUAAUGUAGGCAGAUUUAUAUCUAAUAUAAAAGAAAACCAUCAAAAUAGUGAUACAUCUGCUAUUACUUCAAAAUCUACUACAGCUUCAACUUCACCAAUAAAUCAACACAGAAAUUGUAAAGAAUCUAGUGACUGUACAAAUAAUAAACAGUUAUUUUCUCCUACAAAACAUUUAUUUGAUGAAUUAUUGCAACUUGCUGCAGUUUCUUCUGGUGCUGCUUGUAACUCACAAAUACCUCAACUAGAACAUAAUAAUAUUCAACACAUACAGAAUUUUAGCUUUGUUCCUAUGUAUAGUGGUAAUAGUUCUAGUGGUGAUAGUAUUAAUGGAAUAUCUCCUUCAUUAACCCCCUCAUCUCCAAAUAAUAAUCCUGUAAUUUCUCAAUUACUUUCUAAUCAAAUACUUUCUAGCCCAUCUUUACAAGCUACUCAAGCACAGUUAUUGACUAAUCCAUUUUUAUCUAGAGCGUUGGGAGCAAAUUUUAAUUGGCCAAUGGGAUCUAAUAAUUGUAAUCCUAUGAAUAACUCAAAUGUAGCUAAUACAGCUACACUUGCUGCAUUUCUAGCUGCAACUUCACAACAACAAAAUGGUACUUUAAAUAACCCAAGUUUUACUAAUAAUCAUGUAAGCCGCUCUAUAAAUGGAAGUCCAAACUCAAUUUUACUAUCUAUGCAAUCUGCAACUCCGUCUGAUGGAUCAACUUGUGAUAGUUCUCAAUUUUCAGUUAGUAAUAAUGGUACAUCUACUGCACCAAUGAUACGUAUUAACAAUGCGAAUAAUCACAAUCCAAAUACAACACAGAAUAGUUUGGCAUAUUGGCCUAUAAAUAAUAAUAUUAUGGCAUUACUAAAUUCGGGAGAUAUUCCAUCUGCUGUAACUGCUCUUAAUAGUAAUUCCUUGAAUUUACAUGGUUUUUUACAGUCUCCCUUCUUAUCUCAUACACCUCGAACUGAUGAUUCGAGAAUAACUAGAAAUAUUCAUGACAUGACUUCAGUGCAAAAUUCACAAAAUCAAGCAAAUUGUAUGUCAUUACUUGCAGCUCUACAAUCAAACAUAGAUCUGACAACUUCUAGUCCUGCAGCUCUAGCUGCAGCAGCUACUGCAGCGCUUGUUAAUGCUACUGGUAAUUCAUCAGCAAACUAUUCUAUCAUUAAUAAUCAAUUGGAGUUUGAUAAUAAGUCUAUUAAUAAGAAUACAUCUAGUUCCUCUUUAAAUAGACCUAGUCAUUCAUCACGUUCAAGUACUGCUACAUCUUCUGUAACUGCAGCGGCUGCAGCUGCUUUAGAUCAUUUGGAUGUUGAUUGGGAUAGUGUUGGUUUGAGAGAAGCUGAAUUAGCUGCAAUAGAAAUUUGUAAAACAGCCAGUAGUUUAUUUGAAACUACUGAUGAAACUACUCCAGUUCCAAACAAUCCUUCUGCUAUUGGGGAGGCUAUAUUAACUGCUUCUCAGCUAACAAUUUCAGCUAGGGCUAUGUUGAAGUUUGUAAAGAGUUUAACACCGACCCAAUUAGGGAUUAAUUGGCAUGCUUGCACUCAACGUUUUUGUGUUACAUAUACUACAAGGGAUGAACAAAAUCCUAGAAGCUGGACUUUAGGUGCUUAUUCUAAUGGGAAAUUGCACUAUAAGUACUUUGGCCCGAGAUCUUGGACAAUAUUGGGACUUAAAGAAGCUUUAAGAAAAGCAUUUAAAGCUAGAACAUCUCUACUUUUAGGACAGGGAAUUAUUGAAGAACCUGAAGAUACUGGGCUUAGUAAGGAGGAGCUAACAUAUCACGCUAGACAACUAUUACAACAAUUACGUGAUUCUCUGGGUGUGAAAAAAGGUAAUGUUCAUAAAGGCCUUUAUAUAUCAUGGCACCCUAAAACAAGGAGAUUUGUAGUGGCUCUUAAAUCUUGUGAUAGUGGGAAGACUAUAUACAAAUAUUUCUCUCCUAAAGAAAGAUCAAUUGAAGGAAUUAAAACAGCCUUAUUAGAUGCACAUCAAAUGGUUGUAGCUGCUUGCCAGUAA